UCUCCUCUCUUCACCACUUUUCUUCUUCUUCACAGUGAAAGUGAGGAGAUUAGGUCACAGAAAUAGCUUUUCAUUUUGGGGAGAAAAACGUGUUAAACAUGGCAGAAGAGAGGGAGAAAAGAAGAAGCAAUAAUAAGUUUUGCAUCAAUGAUAAUGUGGACGUGUUGAUAGAGAUCCUGAAAAGGCUGGACGGCCGUUCGAUGGGCGCCGCCGCGUGCGUGUGCCGGCUGUGGUGCGCCAUAUCGCGGAACGACUCGCUGUGGGAGCAUCUGUGCUUCCGCCACGUGUCGCCGCCGCCGGAGGGAGUGAGGACGGUGGUGACGGCGCUCGGGGGGUACCGGAGGCUGUACAUGGUGUGCGUGAGGCCGGUGGUGAGUCGACUCAGCAGCUGGAGAAUCGGUCUCGCCGCGGCGGCCGAGUCGUCGGACCGAGUCUGGACGCGGAACGAGGUGGAGCUCUCCUUGUCGUUGUUCUGCGUCGAUUACUACGAGAGAGUGUUGCUCGGCGACAAUGGCGGCGGCGGCGGCGGAGGUAGGAUCGGCGACGACUCCUCCACGGCGUCGCUCAUGUUCCUUUGCAAAGCAGUGAACGUUUAACGAUAUGGCAUGUAUUUACAACUCCAUUAUUCCAUUAUUAUUAUUAUUAUUAUUUAUUUUCUAAUACAUUAUAUCCUUGAGAAAUAAAUUAAAGA